AUGAUUGAGGACGACACAUCACUCGCCGGUUACACCGUCUUUCGAGAAGAACCGAACGAGGGGACCCCUGAUCUGUCAGAAUACGCUUCAAUUCAUCCUCUUGACCCGCUGUCGAUAGACGAGCUACGAGUAGCAGCCAAGCUCAUCCACACAUAUGCCGGGUCCAAGACAUUGAAGUUCAACUGCCUGACUCUACGGGAGCCGAAGAAGAGCGAUUAUGCAGCAUUUCGAGCUAGCUGCGGUCCACGACCUGAUCGUCGAGCUUUCUCCAUCGUCCUCGAGAAUGGUACCAGCCAGGUUGCCGAAGUGAUUGUCAAUUUGACCAGUCUGAAGAUUGAAACAUGGAAUCACGUAGCCGAGGUGGCCCCAACGCUGACGUUGGAGGAUCUCGAUGUUACGGAGCGCAUUGCUCGGAGCAACCCUCAAAUUAUUGAAGUUUGUCGCGAGAUAGGCAUCACAGACAUGUCCAAGGUCUUCUUCGACGCCUGGGCCAUUGGGUUCGAUCAUCGGUGGGGGUUUGAGCGUCGACUCCAACAAGGGUUGCCCUACUAUCGUAACUCAGCGAUGGACAACCAAUAUGCGCAUCCUCUGGACUUCUCCGUCGUAGUGGAUACCGAAACCGAGGAGGUUCUCGCAGUUGACGUGCGCCAUGUCAACGGCGAGCGCACCCAGGUCUCGCUGGAAGAGCACAACUACUUGCCCGAGUUCAUCAAGAGCUCGUAUGACAAUGCUCAAUUGAAGCCGAUCGACAUCACACAGCCUGAAGGAGUAUCGUUUCACAUGCUUGGAAAUGAGCUUUCUUGGGCCGGAUUCAAGAUGCAUAUUGGCUUCAACUACCGAGAAGGCAUCGUCAUCUCAGACGUCCGCGUCCGUGACCAACAGCAACAGCGUGAUCGUGCCUUGUUUAAUCGCAUCAGCGUCGUCGAGAUGGUUGUCCCCUACGGCAACCCUGACCCGCCUCAUCAGCGCAAGCAUGCUUUUGACGUCGGCGAGUAUGGCAGCGGGCUAAUGACCAACUCUCUUAAGCUCGGUUGUGACUGCAAGGGUGCCAUUCACUACGUUGAUGCCGUCAUGACAACCUCCAAGGGCGAGCCAGCGAUGAUCAAGAACGCGGUUUGUAUCCACGAGGAGGACAAUGGCCUCCUCUACAAGCACACCGACUUCCGCGACGGCAGCGUCAUCUCCGCCCGCGACCGUAAGCUCAUCAUCUCCCAGAUCAUCACGGCCGCCAAUUACGAAUAUGCCUUUUACCACACUUUUACGCUCGAUGGCACGUACAAGCUUGACAUCAGGCUAACGGGCAUGCUGAACUUGUAUUGCAUGCACCCGUCCGAGUCGGCGGCUCCAUACGGCACAGAGGUUGCCCCUCGACUCAACGCGCACAACCACCAGCACAUAUUCUCGCUGCGGGUCGACCCUGAGAUCGACGGGCCGAACAACUCCGUCUUGCAGAGCGACGCACUCACUGCAGAGCAACCAGUGGGCUCUCGCGAGAACGCAUUCGGCAACGGUUUUUACUGCAAGAAGACACCGCUGCGCACUGCUCAAGAGGGCGCUGCUGUCUACUGCCAUGAGACAAGUCGGGCGUGGGACAUCAUCAAUCCCAGCAGCAUCAACGCAUCGACGAAGAAGCCGGUCGGAUAUAAGAUUAUCAACACCAACUGCCCUCCUCUCCUCGCCCAGCCGGGGAGCAUGGUAUACAAGCGCGCCGCUUUUGCCCGCAAGAGUCUCUGGGUGGUGCCGUACAGGGACUUCGAGGUUUUCCCAGCAGGGGACUAUGUUUGCCAGUCGACAGGCGAGGAGAAUCAUCCACACAACCAGACGAUCGUGGACUGGGUCGCACGCAACGAGUCAAUUGACAACACGGACGUCGUGUGCUACAUCCAGUUCGGGCUCACGCAUUUCCCGAGGACGGAGGACUUCCCCAUCAUGCCCGCGGAGCCGGUGAGCGUGAUGCUCCGGGCGUCCAAUUUCUUCUCAAAGAACCCCGGCCUGUGGGUCCCACCGUCGUCGGUGAGCAUCGACCGGGCAUCGAGGGGAGCAUCUUUUAGCCACAAAAGGGGGGAGAAAAGGUGUUCGCGGCUGUGA